CCACCUGCGAGCCGCGGGUUAUAUAUGGCCGGCCAAUCAAUCCCUCCACAAGCGUGGGCUCCUCGUCCAGGAACAAGAGAUGGGAGAUGUGCUGAGAGCUCACGACGUCGCAGCCACCGCCGACGACGACGAGGCUGGCGUUUGGCCCGGCGAGCUCGACGAGCAGCUCAUACGGGAGCUCCUCAGCGAUGACAGCCUCCUCGGCUCCAUGGCCCCGCCCGACGACGGCUCGGAGCGCCACCGCUCGUGCGACACGGGAGGCGCCCCAGCCGCCGCGCCGUGCAACAGCGGCGGCAGAACCGCUGCCGAGCACGAGCCGUUGCCGCCGGUUUCGGCGUCGAGCAUGGCGCUGUGCUCGUCGUACUCCGGCCCUACGAUCAGGGACAUCGAGAAGGCGCUGUGGUCCCGGCCGUACACCUCCAGCCAGCGCUACGGCUCGCUGUAUUUGUAGGUACGGAGCGCUGGGCACAGCGCCGGAGAGCAAGCACACGACCAAGGUGAGGGGCUGCGGCGGCGGCAAGACGCCGAUGGACGGGUACAGGUGGAGGAAGUACGGGCAGAAGUUCAUCAAGAACAACCCCCAUCCCAGGAGCUACUACAAGUGCACCAGCGCACGGUGCAGCGCCAAGAAGCACGUCGAGAAGUCCACCGACGACCCGGAGAUGCUCAUCGUCACCUACGAGGGGUCGCACCUCCACGGCCCGCAGACGACGACACUCCCGCGCCUCCAGCCCCCGGACGCCGCCGCGGACCUACCUGGCGCGGCGGGCGACGCCGUCGCCGGUCCGGUGAUCGGCUGCAGCGUACGGCCAUCAUAUGGAACGUCGUCCGGCGACGAUGCGCGACAAGAAGGCAACGAGCCGCUGCAGGGGCGUCACGAGGGACGACGCGCCCAUGGCGCCGUGCAGCGUGUGACGCCGACGGACUCCUUGGCCUCUUCCCUGCCGCAUUCUGCUGCUGCCGUUGAUGCAACUGUGCUUUCUUCUUCUAGCCUGGACUCACCAUGGUCCCUGGAAGCGCUACUCCCCGUAGAGAGGAUCUGAUCGAGGUGACUAGCUAGGCCACUAGGGCGAGAGCGUCUACUAUGACGUUCGGCGUACCAGGGUAUAAUUAGGAGUAUACAACGUACACAGUAGAGAUCGUCAAAAGAUCAUAUGAACGAUUGUGGUAACCAUGUUGGUGGUGAGUACCUGCGGAAACAUGUAGUAGCUGAUUGGGUUAUAUUAUCGGUUUACCUGCUGAAA